AUGGCCACUACACCCUCUGCCAGUAUCGAAGAUUAUGCACUCCCCCGAGACCUGUUCCAUCUUUUAGAGCAGGAAAGAGGUACCACGUCUUCUUUCUCCUAUGAAAUCUCCGACAGAGAGUGGGUGGAGGAGGUCACCAGACGUCUGGAGUCGCCAGAGAUGGGCUUCAGAUGCAGCAUGCACGAGAGAGACUUUCACGGAGGUAAGCGUAUCAUCGAAAACAUCACCGAACACAUCCGGCUGUCGGAGAAGACGGUGUUGGUGCUGUCUCCAGACUUCAUACAGAGUCACUGGUGCAUGUUUGAGAUUGAGAUGGGGAUGAUCCUGAGCAUGGAGGAGAGCCAGCUGCUGGUGGUGCCUGUGAUGGUGAAGCGUUGCUUUGUACCCGACAGUAUCAAGACCCUCACCUACAUUGACGCAACUCCUGGUAAUGACUGGUGGCAGCGGUUCAUUGGGGCCAUAGUUUGUAAAGGUGUGUAG